GGGCGGGGCGGCGGCGGAGCGCGGGCUGGGAGGCCCAGGAUGGCGGAGAGACCGGAGGACCUGAACCUGCCCAACGCCGUCAUCACCCGCAUCAUCAAGGAGGCGCUUCCUGAUGGAGUCAAUAUUUCCAAAGAAGCCCGGAGCGCGAUCUCCCGAGCAGCGAGUGUGUUUGUGCUGUAUGCAACCUCAUGUGCAAAUAACUUUGCCAUGAAGGGGAAGAGGAAAACCCUGAAUGCUGGGGACGUGCUCUCUGCCAUGGAGGAGAUGGAGUUCCAGAGAUUCGUGGCCCCUCUGAAGGAAUCCCUGGAAGUUUACAGGCGGGAGCAGAAAGGAAAGAAAGAGGCCAGGAAAGAUAAAGACAAGAAGGCAGACUCGGAGGAGCAAGAUAAGAGCCGAGAGGAGGACAAUGAUGACGAUGAUGAAAGGAUGGAGGAGGAAGAACAAAACGAUGAGGAAGAGGUGGACAACUGAGCUGGCCCGUGGGCAGGGGCUGGGGUGUGCUCAGAGGGAUGUAAAUGCUGUAAAUCGACCUUGCUGCAUGCCCUCGGGUAUCCAUUAGAGCAUUGUACUGCCCCUCUGUGGCCUGUCCCUUUUGUUAUUUGUACAUAAAGGACUGUGCUGAAGCUUU